CGGGCGAUCCGCCGUGAAGAUGGAGGCGCCGUUUUACCCGAGGAAGGACUGGAGCUGCUGCCCGACUUCGUGCCGCUGCCGGGUUUCGGUACCGCCGGCGGACCCGGAGCCGAUGCGGCGGCGGGGCAGAAGCUGCUGCUGGGCGCCGGCAAGAAGCGGGACCUGCCGGCUGCCGCCCCCGCGCCGCUCCCGGGGCCCUUCGCCCUUCGCCCGCCUGCCGGCGCCCGCGGCAGCGCGGCGGCCCUGCGCUUGCUGCCGCCGCCGCCCGCCGCCGCCGCCGCCCCGCCGCCGACCGCGGGCUCCGCGGAGACCGGCAGCGGCGGCGGCGCGGCGGCGGCCCGGGGCGGCCCGGAGGCCGCGCUGGGGUCGGCUGCGGAGCUGCCGCUGCUGAAGCUGCCGCCGGCCGCCGACCUGGAGCAGCUGCUGAUCCAGGGGGGUGCGGGGCUGGGCGCGGGCAGCCCAGGGCCGACGGCACCCGGGGCGGGGAGCGGCGGGGCGGCGGCGCCGGGGCCGUUCCUCUACCGGCAGCCGGUGACGCAGGAACAGGAGGGUUUCGCCGACGGCUUCGUCAAGGCCCUGGCCGACCUGCACAAGCAGAACCAGCUCCUGGCGGCGCCACCGCCGCUCUCCGCGCCGGGACCCUGCUGCACCGCCCGCCCGGGGCCACCGGGAGCCCCCGCCGCUGCCGCCGCCGACCCUCCGGCCGUCUACACCAACCUGAGCGGCUUCAACCCCGCGGGGCCGCUGAGCCCCUCGGGCAGCGCCUACCCCUCCGCCUCCGCCCCGCCGCCGCCGCCGGGCCUGGCCUUCGGGGCGGCGGGUCUGGGGAGCGCCCGGCUGCCGCCGGCGCGGUCCCUGGAGGAGCCGCAGACGGUGCCCGAGGUGCCGCCGUCGGCGGGCGGGGAGGGCGGCAGCACCGCGCCGACGCCGCCGUCGCUGUCGCCGCUGGACGCGGAGAGCCAGGAGCGGCUGAAAGCCGAGCGCAAGCGGCUGCGAAACCGCAUCGCCGCCUCCAAGUGCCGCCGGCGGAAGCUGGAGCGCAUCGCCCGGCUGGAGGAGAAGGUGAAGGCGCUCAAGGGGCAGAACGCCGAGCUGGCCGCCACCGCCAACCUCCUCCGCGCCCAGGUCACUCAGCUGCAGGGUCGCGUCCGCAGCCACCUCUCCUCCGGCUGCCACAUCAACGCCGCCGGGCAUCCUCCUCCUCCUCACGCCGCCGCCCAGCCGCGGGAGACUCCCCCCGAGGCGGCCGCCGCGCCGGAGACCAGCGCCUGCUGAGGAGGGACACCCCGCCGGCCCCGGCCCACCCACCCGGGGGCACCGCGGGUCAAGGGGACAUGAGUUCUUGCGCUGGAGUCCUGCUUGGGCGGUAUCCUCUCAAGUCAGUGAAGAAACAGCAAAUCCAGCCUUCUGGAUUCCAACUAAUUCUUCUGAAGCACAGAUACCUCAAAACAUAUGUCGAGGUGUUGUGUGUAGACACCAGCGUGCAUAGAGAAGGGGAUGGCCAAAG